CAGCAGAGCGGGUCCGAGGAGGAUGAAAAUCCCGUGGAAAGGCAGUCCUUCCUUCGUCCUUUAUAUAUUGCUUCUCCUCAACAGGAGGCAAACUGGCUCCUAAAACUCUUAAACAAUUGCUUUUGGAGGAGCCAUAGCCAAGCUGAACGCAAGAAUCUUUAGGAAAGGGAGACCAAAACAUAGAGAAGAGGAAGGGAGUUUUGAUCAAAGUGUGGGAAGCAGAGGGUUCUUCGUCCCCAUUGCGUGUGGUGUGCUUCCUGAGGGCGGGGAAAGGGAGAGUCAGUCACCAAUGUCUCUGGGUUACGCUGAGAAGCUCUCCUACAUUGAAGAUGUGGGUAGUGUUGGAAUGGCAGAAUUUUUCGACCCGUCAAGUGUUCUGCAAGAGAAGAUUGAACAACUGGCCAAGAUGAUACAAGAGAGUAAGCAUCUGGUGGUAUUCACAGGAGCAGGAAUUUCAACUUCUUGCGGGAUACCAGAUUUUCGAGGGCCAAAGGGAAUUUGGACAUUGCAGCGGGAAGGAAAAGCUCUUCCUGAAGCAUCACUACCGUUUCAUAGAGCAAUGCCCAGCAUUACACAUAUGGCAUUGGUUGAACUUGAGAAAGCUGGCAUUUUAAAGUUUGUUAUUAGUCAGAAUGUUGAUGGCCUUCAUCUGCGGUCGGGAAUACCAAGAGAAAAACUCUCUGAGCUGCAUGGUGACUCUUUCAUGGAAUCUUGCCCUUCAUGUGGAAUUGAGUACCUGCGAGACUUUGAAGUGGAAACUAUAGGACUGAAGGAGACAUCACGGCGUUGCUCUGAUCUGAAAUGCGGAGCGAAACUUAAGGAUACCGUGCUUGAUUGGGAGGAUGCAUUGCCUGACAAAGAGAUGCUUCCUGCUGAGAAGCAUUGUAGGAUGGCUGACGUUGUGUUAUGUUUGGGAACGAGUCUGCAGAUCACCCCAGCAUGCAACCUGCCUCUGAAAUGUCUCCGUGGUGGUGGGAAAAUUGUAAUAGUGAAUCUUCAGAAAACUCCGAAGGACAAGAAGGCAUGUUUGGUGAUCCAUGGAUUAGUGGAUAAGGUUAUCACAGGAGUUGUGGAAUCCCUGCGAAUGCGAAUUCCUCCAUUUGUUAGGAUGGACGAGUUCCAGAUCAUCAUGACUCAGUCCUCGAGUGCAGAUAAGAAAUUCGUUAACUGGACUAUGCGGGUUGCAAGUGUACAUGGAGUCAAAGCACAAUUGCCAUUCAUCAAGUCCAUCGAGGUUUCAUUCUCAGAUUCCCAGAAAUACAAAGCAGCUUUGCUAGAUCAACAGCCAUUUAACCUGAAAAGAAGGACUUUGACAGGAGAGUCAUUCGAGAUUCUGCUGAAAAUCAACUUGAGCGAUGGAUGUGGCUGCCUGAGCACUGAAAUCAAUAUCCCCUUUGGUCUCAAUAAGGGCUCAACCGAUUGCUUGGACCUCGAAAAGGAUGCUAUAAUCCAGAGUAUGAAGGAGAAGGCAAUUCAAGAUUCAAGCUGUGGGCAGACAGCAGUUGUCGAACGGAGGAGCAUGUCAGAACCUACAGCUGAGGUUACAGUCUAUGGCAUUGUGACCAACAUCAAGGCAUUCAACUCUGAGUCGUUGAGCAAUGGCGAUGUUAAGACGGUAAGGGAAUUUGCUACCAAUGCUACCGGAGCAGUAACAAAGCCGCGAUCUUCGAACAGUCGGAAGAGGAAGUCGAGGGUUCAAUGAGGAAUGGUGAGGUGAAGUGGUGGGCUGGUUUUGUACAUAAAUGGAGGGGGGCAGUUCAUGUGUUGAUAGUAAGCAGCAUUCUGAUACAGAUUUUAAGUACUAUCAGUGUGCAGUAUUAGUUGGUGUUAAAUGGGGGGACUGAGUGAAUUUUGUUAGUGGGUUACUACACUCAGGUCCAUCCUCGGGUUAUCAUUAUUCGUGAGAAUUACAGAACUACCACCCAUUAUACUGAACGGACCAAGGGUGCGUUUGGAUAGAUAUAUUUUAAAGUAAGGUAUUUGAAAUAUAUGUAUUUAAAAUGCAUAAUUGAAAUAUUAACAUUUGAAAUACAUGUAAUUCAAAUUCCUUGUUUGGAUACUCCUUUGUGAUUUGUUUGUAUUUCAGAGUUUAUGAUUUUUUAUUUUAAUUUUGAAUUUUCUGGCCAC